UCCCAGGACCACCACCACGCUUCCGUCGAUCCUCUCCCUCUCCUCUAUAAAACCCCACCCCAUCCCUUCUUCUUCCCUACCCACAAACAAACCCUCUCUCUCUCUGUAAUCUCUGCUCUCAGCCACACAUAGAAUCUAACCUCUGUCCUUCUCUCUCCCUCCCGCUUUCUUCUUCUUGUUUUUUUUUUUUUUUUACCCUGUUUUUAUUUCAAACCGGAAAAAUGGCUAUUCCUUGUCCUCCUCUUAUUGGAUCAGAAAAGCUGUCCAUGGAGGCAGGCCCCCUGUCUCCUCUCUCAUCACCUCCCCGAUUAGUCCUAACCCAAGACGAGCUUAAGAAGAUUGCUGCUUACAAAGCCGUGGAGUUCGUCAAGUCCGGCAUGGUUAUUGGUCUCGGCACCGGCUCCACAGCCAAACACGCCGUCGACCGUAUUGCUGAUCUCUUGCACCAAGGCAAAUUGAAGAACAUCAUUGGCAUACCCACUUCCAAAAAGACACACCAACAAGCUUUAUCUCUUGGUAUUCCUUUAUCCGAUCUUAAUUCCCACCCCAACGUCGAUCUAGCAAUCGAUGGCGCCGACGAAGUGGACUCCGAUCUCAAUUUGGUGAAGGGCCGAGGUGGGUCUUUGCUUAGAGAGAAAAUGAUUGAAAGUGCUUGCACAAAGUUCGUAGUUAUUGUGGACGAGUCUAAAUUGGUAUCACAUAUUGGAGCCAAUGGGGCAAUGCCGGUAGAGGUUGUGCCUUUCUGUUGGAAGUUCAGUCAAGAAAGGCUUCAACAGUUGUUUUAUUACUCGGGUUGCAUGGCCAAGCUGAGGAGUAAUGGUGGUGAAAAUGGUGAGCCUUUUGUUACUGAUAAUGGCAACUAUAUAGUAGACUUAUUUUUUAAGAAGGAUAUUGGUGACUUAAGGGCUGCUAGUGAUGCUAUUCUGAGGCUACCAGGGGUUGUGGAACAUGGAAUGUUUCUUGGUAUGGCAACUACUGUUAUUGUUGCUGGUGAGCUUGGGGUCACUGUCAAGAACAAGUAGAUUCAGAUGGGUAUUUAACAAUUGCACUGAAUUUUUUAUGGGUUACAAUCAAAUUGGGAAAUUUUGACUGGUUGUUGUUGUAACAGUAUUGAUACUAUUCUGAGGAGAUAUCCUCCAUUGGUUUUGGUCAGAAACUUUAGCAAGGAACGUUAGGAGCUUUUAGGAUUUUGCUGGCGGCUGAAUAAUGAGCUUAAUGUGUAUCAGCUGCUAUCUCAUCUUCGGUUCAAUGUAAAAAUUACGUCUCUUUU